UUUGUUCAUUUUUCUUGAAAUUGGGUUUCAUCUUUUUGUCUAAAACUGGUUAAACAAAUUGGGUUUGAUUCAGAAAGAUGAAAUUUUUGUGGGUGUGAUUGAGUGUUUAAUUUGGGGAAAAAUCAAUGAAUCUUGGUGGAGGUCAAGUAGUUAACAAACAAUCGGUGAUGCCUAGUUCAAGUGGAGCUUCUUGGAAGUCCACCGCUGCCGGCGGAAGUGGUGGCGGAGGCGGGGGCGACGGUGGUGUACCUGAUCAGUUUCCGGCGGGUCUUCGGGUACUUGUUGUUGAUGAUGACCCGACUUGUCUCAUGAUUUUGGAGAAGAUGCUUAGAAACUGCAACUAUGAAGUGACUAAAUGCAACAGAGCUGAAGUUGCCUUAUCAUUUCUGAGGGAAAAUAAAAAUGGAUUUGAUGUGGUUAUAAGUGAUGUUCAUAUGCCUGAUAUGGAUGGAUUCAAACUUCUUGAACACAUUGGGAUUGAAAUGGAUCUCCCUGUUAUCAUGAUGUCGGCUGAUGACAGCAAGAGUGUCGUUAUGAAGGGAGUGACUCAUGGGGCGUGUGAUUAUUUAAUAAAGCCGGUUCGUAUUGAGGCAUUACGUAAUAUAUGGCAACACGUGGUUCGGAAACGGAAACACGAGUGGAAAGAUUUCGAGCCAUCAGCAAGUGCUGACGAGCAGAAACCACCUGAAGAACCCGACUACUCGUCUUCUGCAAACGAAGGGCAUAAUUGGAAAAACACAAAGAGGAGGAAAGAUGAGGAUGACGAAGGGGAGGAUAGAGAUGAUUCUUCUUCUUUGAAGAAGCCUCGUGUUGUUUGGUCCGUUGAGCUCCAUCAACAGUUUGUGGCAGCCGUUAAUCAGCUCGGAAUCGAUAAGGCUGUUCCAAAAAAAAUCUUGGAGCUGAUGAAUGUUCCUGGAUUAACUAGAGAAAACGUUGCGAGCCACCUUCAAAAAUACCGUCUUUAUCUUCGAAGACUCAGCGGGUCCCAGCAUCCAGGCGGGAUGAACGCCAGCUUUAUGGGAGGUCCGGAUGCAGGCUACGGGUCCAUAUCAUCACUCAACGGGCUUGAUCUUCAAGCUCUAGCCGCCAGUGGUCAACUUGGUCAACUCCCACCUCAAAGUCUUGCAACCCUCCAAGCUGCGGCUCUCGGCAGGUCAACUAACUCCAAAUCUCCUAUUUCUGCGCCCGUUAUCGAUCAAAGAAACAUUUUUAGCUUCGAAAACCCGAAAUCGAGAUACACGGAAGUCCAAAGUCAACAUCUGACUAAUAGUAGUAGUAGCAAGCAGAUGAAUUUACUUCCUGGGAUUCCUACAAACAUGGAGCCAAAGCAGUUUGUCAGUUUGCAGCAUCAAUCUGGGCAGCAUUCUUUUGGGAGCAUAAACAAUCAAGUUCUGAUUCAGAUGGGUGGUCAAAGUCAAAGUCAAAGUCAUAGUCAUAGUCAUAGUCAUAGUCAAGGUCAAUCGAAUACGAACCCUCAUCACGGCUUGAGACCGCCUGUUUUGUCGAGCGAGAUGCUGACACGUGGUGGAGUAGUUGACAUGGCAACAACGGUGUAUAAUCCUGUGGUAUCACAAGCCUCGUCUCUUGUGGAUUUCUCGAUGAAUCAUAAAAAUGAUUCGUCCGGGAGUAGUUAUCCGCUCGGGGGUAGUUUGGGAAUUCCAAAUCUUGCGUCUGCAACACCAACCCCCCUCCAAGGAGACGGGAACUUAGAUACCAAGGUCCCGAGAAGAGGGAUUGUUUCAAGUUAUGAUAUUUUUAACGAUAUAAAUCCGAGUGGAAUACGUGAAUGGGGUUUACAAGAUGUCGGUAUGACCUUCGAUUCGGCUCAACAUACAAUGCAAGGAGGAUCAGGUCCAGUGUUACUUCAACAUAACCGUUCUUCUGAGCGGGAAAUGGGAGGGCAGAACCGUAAUUCUACUAGUGGUAAGGCGAUAUUCUCUCCAGGGGUUGAAACCGGAAGCCACCGGAAUGUUGGUCAACAACGGAACAGUUAUGUGGCGGAGAAUUCAUUGAGGGUGAAAGCGGAAGAUGGUAGCUCUCAUAAUAAUACAUUAUAUCCUGAACAAUAUGGAGAUGAUCUGUUAGCUGCGAUUCUAAAGCAACACCACCAGCAGCAACAGCAAGGUGUUGGACAGUCGGAAACGGAGUUUGGGUUUGAUGGGUACGCGAUGGAUAAUCUACCGGCAUAAGUAGUAGGAGAUGUACUCUGUGCUUCAAAUGGUGUACAUAUGCUGCUGCUGCUGCUGCUGCUGCCAAAAGUAUAAGAAGAUUUGUUGAAAUUUAUUGCUGGUAGCUGCGUGGUUUUUAUGAUUAUGGUUAUGAUACAAGCACAAUAUGCAAAGGCAUAGGUGCCCAAAUUUUUGACUGCUUUAAUUUAGGGAACAUGAAAAAACCACCUUAUUAGCAACAAAAAACAUGAUUUCUAGGAUUUGAAUAAUAUGGAGUUUUGUGCUUGUUUUUUAAGGUUUUAUUUGGUCCCAUUUUAUAGUUUAUUGUGCAUAUAAACUGUAUUUAAUGAUUGAUGAAACCACUACUUUUAUUG